AUGGAUAACGCGAGCUUUCAUGAUACUUGGGUAUUGGCCGACAAUGAAAAUUAUGAAGAAGCAAUCAAGAUGAUAACUAAACUGAUCGACCAGCAUAAGGAUGAAACAAGCAAUGAAAAAAUUAUACUCAAUUACAAGUCUCGAGCCGAAUGGCAUUAUUUCUCGAAAAAUUAUGGAGAUGUUGAAAGUGACAUCAAAAGCGCCAUGGAUUAUGGUUUUUGUAUUGAAAAGAGUGAAAAGUUUUUCUUCAUGUAUCAACAUUCAAAAUUACAAGCUGGUCUCAAUACAGUCAUUGCCAGUUUUGAAAAACAAGUAGCUUUGAAGUGUACGUAUAUUAAUGUUUAUCUCGUAGAAUUUUCAAAAAAAUCAUUCUCUAUUGCUUUGUUUCAGUUAAUUCAUAUGUAA